CACACUUAGUGAAGAGAAAUUAAUUCAAAUUCCUCAAUCUUUCACAUGUUUGGGGUGCUCAUAAUUUCUUUCAAAAACAACUUUUUAGAUCUUUGCAUUUCAAUCAAAUUCACCUUGUUAAGGGUACUCAAAAUGCAAGAUACCUCUUCUUUUGACAUGAAUUUGACAAGACAUCGAAAACUUUGCGCUUUGUGCAGGAGGUGGGACUCCUCCCUCCCUGCACCCUUUGCAACCCCUAAGGAGCACAGCCCUCUCCAAAAAUUAAAUCCUAGCUACGUGGUUGGGAGUCACAUGAAUACAUCAUAUACAUGCUGCAUUGAUUGUAUUCCAUAACUGAUCAAUAUAGAAAAGAGUUCUAAAUAUUUGAUCAUAUUUAUUGUGCUUUUACAUUGACAAAAUAGAAUAGAGUCUGCAUUAUUAGACUACAAACAGCCUGGGAAUUCCCAGCCACUAGCUGUCUGGAGCAUUACAAUUUGGGAAUCCCCAGUGUUUAUGCACAUACUGUACUGUCAUUUGAUAAAAAAAAAUGCAGGGUUAUCGUAAAACAUUCUAGAACGGUGCUUGUCUAGAAGUGUGAUAUCAAAACAACCAUUGACUUGAGGCAUUAAACCGUGACUUGACAUUGAACAGUUUCAGAUAAAGGAAAUGAAUUCUGCUUCCACAAAUCAGCCAUGGGAUGACUGUUCCAUGGAUGGAGAAAGAAAACAAGCUCUACAGGAAAUUAUCCACUGGCAGGAGAUAUACUAUGGCACAUGCUUUUGCAUACAUCCCAGAUCUAGACAAUCUCACUCCUGGGCUAUUGGAUUUACCCCUUGCGUUCAACAAAGGAGACCUGACUGGCAACCAAGAGGCACAGGCCAAACGUAAACUAAACCGACGGAUCCCUCUGAUAACAAGAGAACUUAAAGACCGUCCAAUCCGUCAUGGAAACAGAAAUUAUGUAGGUAUGCUGCAUUACAGACUACAGGAGAAGGACAAAGCCAUUAUAUGUUGGGAAAAGACAGUUGAAGAGGAUCCUACAAACCUCAAUGCCAUUAAAGAUCUAUGUACUGCAUAUGCCAAGCUUGGAGACCACAAUGAAUCAAGUAAGUGGCACACACAUCUUGAAGAUAUCCAGAGCAAACUAUCUGGCAAUCCAGAUGAGGAAAAGCUAGUGAAAGCUCGGUGCCGAUUCGAGCAAGCCUUUGCCACAUGCUGGGACCUGCACACACAGACAUGGACCAAAGGGAUAAUGCCAAUGGAGCAAACUGUGAAGAAAUUAAGGGCAGCUCUGGAGUAUGCAGGAAGUGUUAUCAGCCAGGAUGAGAAAGAGGAUUGGUGCUUAGCGAUUGGGCAAGCCUAUGAACGUCUAUCUCACAGACACAAACGUAACAACAACAUUCCACAAUAUAUAUAUUCAAUUGAUAUGGCAGCUAAGUAUCUACACUUUUCCAUAUCUUCCUCAAAGCACACCUUGCACAGGGUAGAGGCAUGGGGUGUCCUUGGAAAUGCCCUGAAGUACAAUCCAACUGAUACACGUACUUCUAUACCUAGAUUUAUCAGGAAUAAAUAUAAAAAAUAUUGGUAUGAACCCUCACUGUGUUAUGACCAAGCACUUUAUCUUGACCCUGGUAAUGCAUGGGUUUUGGGAAACUAUGGUCAUCUGUUAUAUAUGCAAAGAGAGUAUCCAGCAGCAAUCAAGAAACUAAACGAAUCCAUCAUGAAGGACCCGAGUCCUUCAUCGUGGUUCUCGUAUGACACCCUAUCCAAAGUAUACAAAGAAAUAGCAAGGAACACAGAUGACAAAUGCCAGAAAGAAAGCUAUCAACGUCUAGCAAUUGAGAAUUCACAGAAGGCAGACAGUUUUAAUCCCAAUCCUCGGACUAAGUCUCAUAGAGGUGAAAUAGCCUUUGACAUGGCCAAAUCUUCCUCUACUGAUCAAGAAAAGAAAUGCUAUUCACUGCAAGCCCUUGGACAUUUUACUGAGUCCUUUGAGAUCCAAGAUGGAAUGGACAUAAGUGAUGCCCACUUCAAGCAGGGUAAAUGUCUUUUAGACAGGGACAGGUGGUCAGCAGUACAAUCUUUCAAAAUGGCAAUUAGUACCAGCUGUAGAAGUACUUAUCAAGAGAGCAUAGUAUCUAAGUAUUUGCUUCCAAAUUACUUAGACCACUAUAAAGCUGAACAAAAACCCAAGAACCUUCUUGCAGAGUUGGCCUUCUGGAUUACUGAUGCUUGUGUACAACAACAAUCUGCAACCAUCAUUUUCGAGAACUUAGGUAAGUUGGCCCGAAGGAAAUUUCAAAACGAAAUCCUAGAUGUGAUGGAGUACAUAGUAUUAAAACAACCAACUGUGAAUAGUGUGAGUGGAAUGAUCACUGCAGGCUUCAUCAUCUUAAGAAAGACAUCUUUCAAGAGAGAGAACUAUAAGAGAUUACAAAAUCUUGAGAGUCAGCAUAACAGCAGGAUGCAUUCUUCAAUCUCUGUAUGCCCAUCCACUUCCCUGCCAGAUCAUGUGCCUCCAGAAAAAGCACAGAAUCCAAACUGUGAAUAUGACUUCUACGUUAUUACACCAAGUGAAUGGACUCGAUGGGUACAAUACAGUCUUCUUGCUGGUAUGGAGUGCGAUUUCUACUCUCUGAAAGGUUACUAUCAAGAAAGGGAUACACCAAUAGGCAAAAUGAGGCUAAAAUCUCAAGCAGAAGCCAUCAAAAUGUCUGCUUACAUCCUCAUAAUACAUUCAGAGUCUUUCUCAGACCAUAGAGAAUGCCAGCAUCUCUUUGGGAUUGCAUGCCAGGCUAAGCCAGCCUCACGCAUGGCCCUACUAAAACUCGACAACACAGCAAUUGCUCAACACAUGGCUCAUAUUGAACAGAUAUUCGAUUUUAGUGGGUAUCAGACGACCUCAAGAUGGUUUGAUCUUGCUAAAUUUCUGAUGCCUAGGUCAUGUACCACCACUGCCACUACUACGACAUCCACUAAAAAUAUGGCUGCUACUGCUACACCUGUACCUAAUUGUGACACAGAUUAA